CAACAGGAGGAAGCUGAAAAGCUGAUAGCACCAUUGUUGGAGCAUAAAUCAAAUGCAAUGCUUCGGUCGACCGCUGUUUGCAUGCUUGCAAUGGCCUAUGCAGGCUCCGGAAAAGCUGAUGUUGUUCGACGUCUAUUAGCUAAAGUUGCUGCUGAUCCCAAUCAGGAUGUGAAGCGCUUUGCCGUCAUUGCCAUUGGUUUCGUCCUCAGCAAGUUAGUUUUUUAA